AUGCCGCUCCGAACGCUUCUUCAAGGCACGAAUAGCGGAGGAGAUAAAAGCGACGAUAACACGUACGCGGACGUGUGCGACGAGUUGUUAGCGUCCGGGGCCUUAUCUCCGGUAGACGACGAUAUUUUGUUGGAGGACCCUUUGGAGAGAGGUCGGUCUCGAGAUGAGCUCGCGGAGUUCAUCGAGGCGGAGAUUUAUAACAACAAUCAGCAGAACAACAACGACGACACCGCGGGGGGGAACGCGAAUAACGCGCAUAAAAGAAGCGCAGAGGCACGCACUAGCAACGACAGAGACAGCAUUUCCGAAGGAACACACCCAUCGACGUCGAAACGGUCGAAUCACAGUAGCGACAAUAACUCCUCGGGCGGCGAACAACAUCAUCAAAGACGAGAUUCGAACGACUCGCAAAGGUCGAACAGCAACCGAAGCAACGCCGGGUCGACGAAAGAGGAGAAUACGAAUACUAACACGAGCAGCAAAAUAGUAACCGACACUCAACAGCAAAAGAAAGGAAUACACAGAAAGACGCAUUCUUUCGCGUUGUUAGAGGACUUGAGUCAUCAGCAGCCGAAUUAUUACACGCUCGGGCCGAUUUUGGACGACUCGGCCAUGCGAUACGUGGAGAUGAAUCCGAGCUAUUCAAAAUUUGACGACUUGGAAUACGCGCCGAUGAAUCCGGCUUUGAUGGUUGGGGAAUUUAACAACAUGGGUAGAAAUGGGUAUAAUCGUGAACAGCAAAUGCAACAGCUGCACCAAGGAGGAGCGGGGAAUACCCAGUUGGACAUUUUGAAGCAACAGCAACAGUAUACUCAACAACAACGCAACAGCGUGAACACGAACACGAGUCCGACGGAUAAUUUUGGCGGUCCGCAGCAACAACAACAGCAACAACAAAAAUUGCCAAUGCAAUCAUCACAAGGUGGAACACUGUAUCAACAACAACAGCAACAGCAACAGCAACAACGACAACAACAACCGCCUCCAGAUGGAGUGGUGCAGCAAGAGUUUACAUCGGUCCAUCGCGCCGGCGUGGCUGGGCCGCCGCCCGGUAACAUUUCGUGGUCGCACAUGCCGCCGCAACCGGGUCACCCGAACUAUCAGCACAUGCAACCACCGCCACCUCAGCAACAACAACAUCAGUAUCAAAUGCAACAAGGAAGUUUACAGCCGCAGCAACAACCGGGCAUGCCACCGACGCAAGCGCAAAUGACGCGCCUCGAUCGAUUAAAGCGAUGGAAAGAGAAGCGUAAAAAUCGCGUGUUUACGAAAUCUAUUCGGUACAUGUCGAGAAAAGUGUGCGCGGAUAAUCGUCCAAGAAUCAAGGGUAAGUUUGUAAAAGUAUCUUCGCUGUCAAGUUUAACGGAUAUCGCCGAAAACAACGACGACGAAGAGAAGAUGAAGAAAAAAGAAGAUGAAGGCAAAGAUAGCAAGCCAGACGACGGUAAAGGAGAACCGAGAGAGAAAGCGAAAUCGGAAGAGGCGAACGAUUUGAUUCGCGAUUUGCGAGAGAAGGCUAUCGAAGCCGGCCUCGGCGCAGGCAAACCUUUAUCAAGGUUGCGCAGAAACAACGCACACUCGUCGGCGCCAAACUUGGCGUCGCUCGCCGAUAUGCAUUAG